AUGGCGGCUCUUGAUCUCGACGUGAAUUUUAGAGAAGCCAGCCAUUUUUCUUAUCCUGGAAAUAUUAUAGGAAUUUUUCCUCUACAGAUAUCUCAAAGCACUGUUUCUGACAUCCCCGACAACUGGCUUCAGGAUCAAGAUGACCAAAGUAGUCCAACAGCCGCCCCGCUUCCUGGAAAUUUCUUACAAGGUGACCAACGCAAUACAAUCAUUUUUCCUCCCCAUAACGCCCAAGGGCAGUAUCCUCAGAACAGUCAAAACAAUCCGUUUUUUCAUGGACAUAGUAAACAGUUCCAUCCAUCUGCUGGAUCACCAAGCCAACUUCCCUUCAGGGAUGGUCCUCAUUUGGUACCAUCUGACCCAAUUUCCUACAAAAGUUCCUUGGAGCCCACAUUUUAUAUGAAUUAUCCAAAUGUGUCCAUGUCUGGGCGUCAGGUGGUACCCAUUGACCACAUAUCCAACACAAGUUCAUUUCAGCCCACUAUAUAUGAAAAUUUUCCAAGUGUGUCCAUGACAAGACCUCAUGUGGUACCCUAUAACUCCACAUCUUACAAAAGUUCCUUUGAAUCCACAGUUAAUGAGAAUUUUCAAAGUAUGCUCAUGUCAGGGCCUGUAAGCAGUGUUCCCCCUCCCUAUGAGAACGAUGACUAUCCACCUCAAAUUCCUCCCAGAAUUCCUACCAGGAAGUCUCCAGCUUUCCAGAUUAAAGCUAGAAAAGGUGCGGUGCAAAGUAGCGGUAUUGAGAGUGUUUACAAAAGUUCUGACGAUGCUGAUUUAAUGAGGCAAACAGGACAAGAUUCCCCACUGGAGGUCAAACUAGGAGAACGGAGUAGCAGUGAGGAGAGUAUAAACAAGGGUUCUGACUUUGCACCAAUAGAUCAAAUUGUAAAAGAAACAACAUCUGAAGUCACUUGUAGUAUAGAAGUGUCGUCGUUGCCGCCAAACAUUACAGACGAAUUCAUUACUUAUUUUUUCGAAAACUCUAAACGGAGCGGAGGAGGAGAUGUGGAAAAUGUUUUCUAUGAUGAAAGGAACAAUACUGCCAUCAUCACAUUUCAAGAUCCUGCUGUGGUUAAAAAUGUUUUGAAAAAACAUGAAACUACAGCCCUUUCUAUGAAUAAGAUGCAAUUACAAAUUAAAGAAUACUACCCAGAAACAUACGAGAGUGAAGAUGAAAUGGAUGUCACAGCAGUUAAAGUGUCCAACUUGCCCCCCAAAAUCAGCAAGGAGCAGAUAGAGCUGUUUUUUGAGAACAUUAAGAGAAGUGGAAGUGUAGAAUUCAAAAAAGUAGACUAUGAUGAAGCUGCUAAUUGUGCCAUUGUAUGGUUCAAUGAUUCAAAAGUGGUUACAAACGUUUUGGAAAAAUACAAGACCUCUCCUUUUACCAUGAACAAACAAAAACUAAAAGUAGAGGAAUAUCGUCCAGCUGCAGAUGAGGUUGAAAGAAGCUCAGAGGAAGAAGAGGAGGAAGGAGGAGCAAUCAAGGUCACACGGCUACACCCAGAUACCACAGAAGAGGAGAUCAAGGAGUUUUUUGAAAACCGCAAAAAGAGUGGUGGAGGUGACGUGGAAAAAGUGGAGUAUGAUACGUUUGCCCAAACUGCUGUUAUCUGGUUUAAAGAAGAUGAUGUUGUAUCACGUGUUCUCGAAAACGUUCCGCUUUUGUUAAGAAGUAAACAUAUCCAUGUGGAGGAAGUUCGCUUGGAUGGACAGAAAGUGAAAAAAGAAGCUGACGAAGAGUCUCUUGGCUCACUGUGUACUAUUGAGGUCAGUGGAUUCAAGGACACAACAUCCAAGGACAGUGUGGAGUUCUAUUUUGAAAACAAUAAAAGAUCAGGAGGUGGAAAUGUGGAAGAGGUUAAAGGGGAAGUGGAAGAUGGAGUUCUGUUUAUCACUUUUGAGGAUGAAGAAACCGUAAAAAGAGUGCUUGAAAAAAACCACAAGCUAGACGGGGUUGAAUUGACAGUAAAGAGGUACCAACCCCCAAAGCCAAUACCCAUAUACCCAAACAGGGUUCUUGUUAAAGGGCUCAACCCUGAAACAUCAGAGGAUGGAAUCAGAAACUAUCUGGAGGCUAAAUCUGGGGAGGAUGUGAUAGAUGUAAGAUAUGGACAGGAAGAAGGGACAGUUUUGGUCACAUUUGAAGAACUCAAAGAUUUCAAAAAGCUGGAGGCAGCAUGUCAAAAGAAACCAUUAGAAAAACGGUUCCUGACUGUGAAAAGAGUUCCCAUCUCAAACUGUAUCAUCGUGUCUGGAUUUUCUGAAGACAUCUCUUACAGCACCCUGGAAUACUAUUUUAAAAAUGAGAAAAGAAGUGGAGGGGGAACUGUGACCGAUAUCAAGGUUAAUCAUGAGGACUGUACAUGUCUGGUGUACUUUGAAGAUCACACAGUUUGUGACAAGGUCUGCAAAAGAAACCAUAUAGUAGAAAAAUGGAGUGUAAAUGUACAGAUAUAUCAUGAAUGCUUGGGGCAGCCAUUUAAUCCUGAAGAGGGACCCAGAUUCAUAUGCCCUAAGCCUCUUGUUUUAAAGGAACUCAGUCUAAAGAAGAUGAAAUUCAUUUACAAAUCUGAUGAUUUGAAAACAGUUCUAGACAAACAAGCUACAAAGGCGCAUGGAAAGAUUAAAUGGCCACAAAAAGCAGCAACAGAGUUAACAGUUGACUGUAUGCUUACAAAAACUGUCAAAGAUUGUGAAAAUAUGGCGAAGACAUGGAAGGUACACAUGAAAGAUAUCCUAAUGAAAUUGCUAGAUGCUCUUUGUGUAGAAGAAAUAUGUGUUUUGUCAGAACACUGGCAAAGAGUUUUGGACUGGAUAGAACAAGGGAAUGCUUCUGAUCCUCAGAAAGUUGGUAUACAUUUUGAGAAGAGCAGUUUCACAGUUGUUCUUGUGGGUUAUGGAAAAGUUGUUGAACUCCUAAAGAAGGACCUAUUACAAAUGAUUUCUAAUAUGGAAGAGGAAAUUCAGAAGAAAAAACAACAGGUCACUGAGUCAAAGAUUCUGAGACAUUCUGAGUAUUUACUACUUGGCCUUGACAAUUUUAUAGAAGAAACAGAGAAGAAAUUACCGGGGUUAAAAGUUACAACCAGUUUGAAAGACAGAAAAAUCAUAUUCGAAGGUCAAUUUGUAGAUGUCACACAAGCGACGUUUUUUCUUAGUGAAAGGUGUCGUCAAAUUUGUGAAACAUCUGCCGGAAAGUUUUCCAAAUAUAGACGAGAUUAUUUAUCAAAAGAGGAGGUCAGAACUUGUUUAUCAAAGAUGCUGAAAGAGAAAAAGAAUAUAAGCUGUUUUGAAAUCAAGAGAGAUGAGGUUUGCUUGUUAGCGUUUUCUGACGAAAAAGCAGUUGAAGCUGCACAUCUUUUGAAGACUGAAAUCGUAGAGUCCCCUUUGGAAGUUUCUCCAGAUUCUGCCUAUUUGCUCAGCUCAGACAAAUGGGAAAAGCAAGCAAAACGUAUUGAGUCAAUGGAAAUCUUCGACAAUCUCCUCCAAAUAAUUACUCUGUCCGACCAAAGAAAGAUCAUAAUUGUCACAUUUUGUAGUUUGGUUGGUCUAGCUAGAGAGUUUGUAGAAGAGUUUCUUCAGGCAAACACAAUUAUCAUUGAUUCAAUGAAUGUGCCAACAGGUCUUUUCAAGUACAUGGAGCUCCAUCAUCAGGACAAAUGUCAAGAGAUUUCAAAUAGAUUGAAAAAGGAACAGAUUCAGAUUACAAUGAGCCAAAACAAUAUUUUGGUAAAGGGAACUAGUGCAGGAGUUGUUGAAACCAUGCAAAAUCUUAAAGAAAUAUUUAAAAAUACCCAGUCAAGGAAACACAUAUUACUGAAGCCAGGUAUAGGUAAGUUCUUGAAAAGUAAAAACGGAAAAAGCACCUUAAGAUAUAUAGAAAGACAACACAAAUGCUACAUCCAUAUUGGUGAGGAAGAUCAAACUUCGACACCUAGCAAUCCUCAGUCUGCCUCAUUUAAUGGCGUCAUGGCUGAGCACAAGACAAUGUCUGGGACCUUUAUUAAAGUGCAUGAAGGGGAUCUGACUGCUCUUCCAGUGGAUGUAAUUGUCAAUGGUGCAAACUCGUACCUUAUACAUCGAGGCGAUUUAGCAGCAGUCAUUGUCAAGAAAGGUGGAAUCGGAAUCCAGAAAGAGUGUACUGAACAUGUGCAAAGAAAUGGAAAGCUAAUGGAAGGAGAAAUUUAUUGCUCAAAACCUGGAACUUUUUCUUGUAAAAUGAUUGUUCAUGCCUGUGGACCCACUUGGAAAGGUGGAUCUAAUCAAGAAAGAGACCGUUUAAUGGAUUGUAUCCAGGCCGCUCUAGCUGAAACAGAGAAGAGGGGUUACAAAUCCAUUGCAGUGCCUGCCUUAUGCACAGGGAUUUUUGGCUUUCCCAAUGAACUGGCCACAUCUGUGAUUGUCAAAACCGUGAAAUCACAUUUGAAGGAUAAGAAAGACUCCAAGAUUAAAGAGAUUUUCCUGUCUGAUGUUAAGACUAACACUGCUCGGUGUUUCACAGAAGCUCUGCAACAAGCGUUCAAAGACAAGGUAAAAAUCUUCACGAAGAAUAUCAGCCAUGCUGGUGAGACUGCACAAAACCGCCAGAGAGAUUUAGUUAAAGGACAUAACCAUAGUCAAUAUGUAGAAUUCGAAGCAGGGCAUAUUUCUGUCCAAUUAAUCAAAGGACAAAUUGCCAGGUCCGAGGUAGAUGUGAUAGUAAAUACAGCAUCCAAAGAUUUAAAUCUUGACCUUGGCCCUGUAUCAGCAUCUAUUUCCAAAACAGGGGGAGACAGCAUUCAGCAGGAGUGCAGGGCUAAAUACCCAAUAGGCAUCAAUUUUGGAGAGAUAGCAGUUACUGGUGGAGGAAAGUUAGGCUGUAAAAUUGUCUGUCAUGUAGCUCUUCCACUAUGGGAUAAGGGAGGAAAAGACUCAAAAAAAUGUUUUACAAACAUUUUAAACUCUUGUUUGCAAGAGUCUCAUACACAAAAUCUAAGCAGCAUUGCUUUUCCUGCCGUGGGUACUGGUGACCUAGGUUACCCCCGAGAUAUGGUGGCAGAAGAAAUGUGCAAUUCUAUCAUUAAUUUCUCUAAAGAAAACCCUAAAACCAGCUUGAAAAAGGUGGUAUUUGUUGCUUAUGAAAGAGAUACACAAACCAUUGAGGCAUUUGAGACUGAGAUACAAAAGCAGGCCAUUAAAACUCAAAACAAAAGAGGAAGAAAGCGUCAUGGCACUCCAUCCAAGGCUAAAGAGGAUGACGGUUUUAUCAUGAUACCUGAGGAAGUCCAAAAAACGGUCAGCCAGAGAGAAGUCUCUGUAGAUAUUGGAAAUUUAAAGCUUCGCAUGUACCAAGGUGACAUCACUGAUGCUUAUGUUGAUGCCAUUGUUAAUAGCACAGACAGUGAUAUGGAUUUAAGUAAAGGUGGAGUUUCAAGGGCCAUUAAAUUCAAACUUGGUGAAGAGUUGCAGAGACAAAUAGAAAUUCAAAAAAAAAAUAUGAAGAAGUAUGGCGUGGCAGUAACAGCCAAUGGUGACAAGUCCCAAAUUCCAUCAAAAUUCAUCAUUCACAUUAAUGUAAGCGGUGGAAAUUACAAGAAGAAAAUGGAAGAGGCUUUGAACAAAGUGGAAGAAAUAAGACUAAAAACAGUUGCGUUUCCAGCAAUUGGAAUAGGUGAAAGUUAUCAGCCCCAAUCUGUGGAGGACUUCGCUGACCAAGUGUUCAAUGCUCUUAAUAAACUGCACUCAACUGUCAAACACCUGUCAGAAGUUCACGUCAUUUUCUUUAAUCAACAAAUGACUCAAAAGUUCAUCAUGGCUAUGCAUCAGUGCUUUCACUCCCAAGAUUCUCAACCAAAGGGAUGGUUUACGAGGCUUGCAAAUUACAUACCAAGUGGUGAUGGGUGUGGAAAACCCCAUAGUCACCAUUGGAACCCAGUGAUUGAGGAAAAGGAUGCUUCCAAAGCCACCAUUAUUGUUUAUGGAGAAAGCCAAGAUAUAUAUACAGGAAUUAACACACUUGAAAAUUCAUUGGAAGGGGAUUUAGAUACAAAAGAAUUCAAAGAUGAAAUAAUCAAAAAGCUAUACAAAACUCAGAUGAAGGCUUUAUAUGAUUUAAAAGAGAGAUUCCAAAUAGAUGUAAACAUUGACAAAGAUAAAGGAAUGGCCUUCCUUCAUGGAACAAAAGACGAUAUAAGUGCUGCAUCUGAUGUCUACCAUAGAAUUAUUCGAGAGGCGGAACGCGGUUUACAGGAGGGUGUCCAGGCAAAACUCAUCUCGGACUAUGUUCAGUGGUAUUUUGUGGAUAAUUCAAAUGACAAAAAUGAGCUGAUUGAGUACACGGGUAACAUAAAUCUGAAAAUUGAAAAAGCGUAUCGCAACCAGGACAAAGAAGUUAAAUUCACGGAUGAUGGAGGAACUGAGUUCAUCAUCAACUUUAAGGACAUGGAGGAAUACCCUACUGUUGAUAAGUCUGAUGUUACCACUGUUACCAGGAGAGACAAAUCCAAGUAUUCUACCUUUGAGCCUCCAUCAGAAUGGUCGACUACGCAGGACUCUGACAACCUAGUUGUGGUGCCAGUUAACUCAGGCAGCACAGAAUAUUCCAGUGUGAUUGACAGGUUCGGACACAAAGAAAAAAAAUGUCAAGCAAAGCUCAUCUCGAACUUUGUUCAAUGGUAUUAUGGGGAUAAUUCUGAUGACAAAAAAGACUUGUGUGAAUACCCAGGCACAUUGAUCAUUGAAAAAGCUUAUCACAACCAGGACAAAGAAGUUCGAUUCAUGGACGAUGGAGAAACAGAGUACACCAUUAACUUCAUUAACAUGAAGAGAUACCCUACUGUCGAUAAGUCAGAUGUAUUCAAUGUGUUCAGGAGAGACAAAGUCAAGGACUCUACCUUUGAGCCUCAAGCAGAAUGGUCAACUAUGAAGGACUCUCACAACCUGGCCAUGGUUCCGGUUAACUCAGGCAGCCCGGAAUAUUCCAGUGUUAUUGACAGAUUCCAGGAACAAGUAGGCAAAAGAGAAAUGCUUAAAUUGGAGAGAAUACAGAACAAGAUGUUGUACAAGCAAUAUGUCGCCGAAAAGAAGUUGCUGGAAUCCCAGAAUCCUAAAGGAACUCAAAAUGAAAGAAUCCGGCACGGAACUGCACCGGAAGCUGUAAGCAGCAUCCACUCUCUUGGUUUCAACAGCAGCUACUGUGCUAUAAUUGCCACGGAAAAUGGAGAAGGGGUAGAUUUUGCUGUGGAUGCUGGAUGCUUUGUUAGCGACACCUACCCCAAACCAGAUAGCCAAGGACACAAUAGAAUGUACCUCUGUAAAGUCCUCACCGGAGAAUACACGUUUGGACAAAGUGGAAUGAGGUUACCACCUGCAAAACCAGGACAACAGUCUCACAUUCUGUACGAUUCUGUUGUAAACGAUAUCAGUAACCCACUGUAUUUCACCAUAUUUAAUGACACACAGUGCUAUCCAGCCUAUCUUAUCACAUUCAAAUAGAGACGUGGACAUUUAAAUCAAAAUUCUAUAAAGAGUGUUUGAACAUGUAUAGAAUUUUUUAAGAUACGGAAACCGAAAUAUAGUAGAUCUUGUUGGGUUUUUUUAUGCUGUGUUAAUUCUCUAGUGCAACCACAACUAAAAGCGUACAGUGAACACCAAAGAAUCAUAUUGUGAUAUUCAGGAAUUAGUUUGAUAUUUUGGAGAAAAAAAACAAGCUAUGGUAGUGAAAUAUUACAAUAGUUUCUGCAGUUAAUAAUAUACUCUAAAAUUAAAAAAUCAUGGGAGAACACAUAACCCUUAAUUUGACAGACAUCAAGAUUUUUUCAUUUGUUUAAAUAGAGUGAGACCAUUAAUCAACAAAUAUAAUAUGUAAAUACGGUUUUGUAUAUAUGUUUGUAGUUAUGAAUUUUUUUUUUUUAAAUUCAGUUGUGUGUAUAGAGUAAAAUCAUUAUUCAACUAAUAAAAUAUGUAAAUAAGAUUGGUUUUAGGAUGUUUAUAUAGGUAUGAUUUUAACAUUUUUAAUAGUUUUUUCAAAAGAGUAAAACCAUUAUUUACCUUACAAAAUAUUUAAAAGGAGAUGUUAUUGUAUGUUUGUAGUUAUAAUUUUUAUUUUUUUUCAGUUGUUUCAAUAGAGCAAAACCUUUAAUCAACUAAUAAAAAAUUUAAUGUUUUUGUAUGUUU